GCUCUCCACAAUCUAGGGAUGUGUUUCUCUUCAUAAAACGAUGAACAAACUCCUGGGUAGCUGUUCUGUGAAAGCAGGCCCUCUUUGAGUCUUACUGUGAGUGUGAUGGCGACCACCGAUGAGGUCACGGUGUCCAUGGGGGAGGUGGUAAUGGUAAAGGCUGAUGGAGAGGGUGACCCCGAUGACCCUAAUAAGACUCAGGUCAUCCUCCAGCUCCAACCAAUCACCACAGGAGAUGAAUCUGCUGAAACAGAUGCAGCUGUCAUGGCCGUUGAAGCACAUCCAGAACAAACUGAGGGAGAUGACGUAGAGAUCGGCUGUCCCAUAACAUGCGGCGACAGUAAAGCUGUGUUGCUGGUGAAGAAAUUUGUGUGCCCGGGAAUCAAUGUGAAAUGCGUGAAGUAUGAAGACCAGCUGAUAAGCCCCAAACAGUUUGUGCACAUCUCUGGGAAAGCCACUCUGAAAGACUGGAAGAGAGCCAUCAGGAUGGGUGGAGUCAUGCUAAGAAAAAUGAUGGAUUCAGGUCAGCUUGACUUCUACCAGCACAGCACGCUGUGUACCAACACGUGUCGCAGCACCAAGUUUGACCUUCUCAUCAACAACACACGCUUCCCUCCGGAUGGCAGCAGGCUUAACACGCCCACGUCCUCUCAAGCUCAGGUGGUUCUGGGUAAUGGCGGUGCAGUGGGCGAGGACAGACCAGACGUUCUGAGCGGGAAGAUGGACUGGGGCUCGAUCUCACUGGAGUCUGCAGACAAGAAGGAACACAAUGAGAUCUCAGAGGACACGCUGAACUUCUGGAAGGGUAUUGCGGAUGUGGGUUUGCUGGGUGAAGUGGUGACCAACAUCAGCACUGAGCUGCUGGAGCUGCUGAACAGCGUGCAGCAGCUCAGGGAUCUGGCUGCCAUACAGGACACAGAUUCCUGUCUGGUAGAGGUGGCGGUGCUCAGUAACCUCGCCCAGGUGUUUGGCCUGCUCGAUUCGGUCAAGAAGAUCCUGGAGAGGAGGAGGCAGCAGACGGAUCCCAGCCAGGAGCAGGUCCUCAGCACACUCACCAACCUGGAGGUGCAGCUGGAAGAACAGAGGAAGCAGCAGCAGGUUCGAGCUCUUCUCUCCUGCCCGCAGCCUCCCAAAAACAAAACUCCCACCAAGCGCCAGACCAAGCGGCCUCGCCUCCAGAGGCCCGCCUCCACCACCACCCUCCUGACCUCCCCCAUCAGCCAGCAGGCCACCCUGCAACCUCAGCAGUUCACCGUUCUUUCGCCCAUCUCGCUGUCCUCUGUGGGUCAGCCGUUCACUGUGGCAGGCCUGCCCAUCGCCUCCCUCGCCCAGUCCUCCAACACGGUCACCCUGCUUCCCGCCGGCUCGCAGCUCUUCACCCGCUACAUGGUGACCGGAGACGGAAAGGCGGACACCAUCACCUUGCACCCGUCCUCGGGCCUCACACUGCUGGGCACCACAGCUAUGCAGGACUCCAGCCAGCUGGGCACGAUGGUGAGCCCCGUAGAGCUGGUGCACCUGAGCCAGCAGACCGGCAGCACAGAGGUGGUGCCCAUCGAAGGCCAGGUGGUGGACGGCACCAUGCUGGUGCAGCAGGAGAUGAUGCAGGGCGAGGUGGACACUGGCCAGGAGCACACGGUCAUCGAGAUCAACCCGGCUCCGGUGGAGCAGGCGGUGGGGGUGAUGGAGCUGCAGCUGACCGGUGAGCCAGGCAGAGAAGGGGCCGCCAUGGUUGUCCAGGGCGGGAUGGAGGUGACAAUGGCUGCGGAGGGGGAGGAGACGCAGUGCCAAAUGCAGGAGGGGCAGACUGAUGGGGUUCAGGGGCUGCAGCUGGACGCCAGCGGACAGUUGUCAGGUGUACAGAUAGUAGUGAUAGAAGAAAAUACUCAGGAAGAAAACAAGGUGAAAUGAGACACACCUCCUAUUUUAUCCAACAAAGCAGGUAUGAACUUGUACUGAGCUAUCACAGACUUGUGAAACUGUAAAUACACCACAUUUCCAAAUCCACAGAUUGACUUGGCCUAAGACCAAGCAUUAGGGUAGCCAUUUUCCUUUUUUGGCGCACGUGUGUGUGUGCGUGCGUGUGUGCGUGUGUGUGUGUGUGCGUGUGUGUGUGUGUGUGUGUACAUGCUCCUCUUAACUUCUUGUUGAUUUUUAUUGAAACAAAGAGGCAUCACAACAAAGAAUGAAAUGUACCCUCCUGUUUGUUUUGUAUUUGAAGGAUAGUUCCAGCUUGUUACAGCUCGGCUCUUAUUCUCCUGGUUCUGGCCAUCGUUUGCGUCAGCAGUAUUAACCCUGCACUGACCCAGUUAAGUGCUGAGAUCUGACGAUGCAGAUGUCACUUAGAGGAAGUCAGAGACAGGUUGCAAACAAACCCUCAAGUGAACCAAACUUAUUUAAUUGAAGACGGGAAUUAUUAUUACACAAACUAUCACAGUUUAGAGACUGACUUUGCGGCGUGCUGAACUUCCUGUGGUCGACUUAACAGCUUUAAAAUACAGUGACUUUUAUUUUUACCUCCAAGUAAAGUGCUUACGAUCAGAUGUGUCCGAACCCCCGGACGUUGGACCAGCACCGGGCCUUCUAGCAUUCUUUGCGGGGCUUUGAGGAAACAAUAUGUUUCGCAAAAAAAAAAAAAUACCUGAAUGAUGAUUACAUAACAAUGAACUGAUUUUGAUCUAAAGUUUGUCAGCAGCACAGAAGGUCAUCAGUCUUCACCUACUUCGAUCUGCCGGGCCUGUGGGUGCCGUGUUCAUGUUACUCUUGGAAAGCAACCGCGAGCUAACGAGCGUUUGAGGAGGAGUCGGAGAGAGCUGGACAGAAGGUGAAUGAGAUAAAAGGUCCAAAGUAUGUGUUUUUCUAUCCAGAUAUUAAACGCACUGUACUUAGUGUAGUGGGGACUCAGCCGUGCGUUGAACAGCGCAGAGGGCUGACUUGGAGGGGGG